CACUUCACUCAUUUGUCACAUUGGCACAUCUGCAGCUGCAGCUGCCUGUGAAUUGAUUAGAAAAAGGGCUGAUCUAAAAUAUCUGAGCGCCGCUGAUCAUUCGCCAUGGCGACUACAUAUGCAUAUGAAAGAUUCCCUUUUCACGAACCCGGAUCAGGACCUGACUCCCAUUUCACAACGCCUGAGAGCUCUCUGGUCGGAAACUCUACAGCAUACGAAUCACAUCACAACGUCGGUCUACGAAGGUCCAGCAUGGGGAAAUGCCUCUUACAAUGGUUCUGGUCGACACUGAUGAUCGACGGCUCAAACACACAGGACAACCAGGCUAAGCCCUCGGAUCUUCGGCAUGGCAAGCAUCAUGCCCAAGCUCGAAAGGGCAGCACAUUCGCUACGCAAGAAACCUCUACGGCUGAGCAAUCUCAUGAUGAUACGGACGAGGUGAAUCCCGCAUGUAAAGCCUGUCGAACAUGGGGAGUAGCUUGUGACAGGCAGCAGCCACGAUGCUCGCACUGUCUUGAUCAACAGAUUCUAUGCUUCUAUGUGGCACCGUUACGAAAGACGAUGAAGAAAUCGAGCCGGUCUCGAGUAUCGCAACAAGGAACAGGAACAGCAACACCAAUGCAUUUGCAGCAGCAAAGUUGCUGCUGAAUGGAUGAUACAACCAGUCCAACGAGUAAAUUGACGAUUUAGAUAGAGAAUUACUCUCGUUUUGUCACUGGCAAUGCGUAGCGUGCCACGACGAUCAUUUUGAAGGCGCCAGUUUAGAUAACGUUAUCGCAAGGGAGGUUCCCCUCCUCCGCACAAGCGGGGGAAUAUACCUGGAUCCUGGUACAUGCAUGCAGCGGUGAUUGGACUUAUCUCCAGAAUUCCACGAUUCUUUUCAGGAAAGGGCGCAAUCGGUGUUCCUGAGCAAAAUGGUGGUCGGCAUCAUGACAGUUUCCAUUUAUAUGCGAGCCCGUUCUCAUCUCCACUUCCACGGA